AGCAUAAAAAAUGGAAAAACAAGACGAAUACAGCCAUAAGUAUUAUCCCUGCAUCCUAUGCAAAAAGAGGACUAAACCAAAUGAUCGAAAAAAAUGUGAAACAGUUGGAAUGCGCCGUUUUCUUAGAAGAAACUUUCUCGUAGAAGCAAGUUCAAAUGACAUCCUGUGCAACAAAUGUAGGCAUAAAUACUAUAAACAGCAACAAACAAAAAGUGAAAAAAUUUCAUGCAGAGAAGCAACAACACAACAAAAUAAUCAACAACAAAAAACAGCUGUGUCAAGUCCACCAUCCAUAUCUAUGCCUCUCCACAGGACAGCGUCUUCCCAUGCAUACUGUUUUGUCUGUAGGCGUCCAGGUCCCAAACUUAUGGUUGUGCCUCCAUCAGCUAGAUUUAAUGCCUUCCUCAACAGAGAAAUAAUCAUUCCACCAGGAUGCAGAUGUUGCCCUUCACAUAUUGAAGAUGGGGAUUUUACUCCUGGAGUGCUGCAAGAUAUCAACACCUUGGACUCCUCAUUACUAAACAGAACAACAAUAUUAGAACUCAUCAGAAAGAUUAGAGAAUAUGCUUUGAAAUCUUCUUCAAAAUUCACUUUUGACUCUUCCAGUAUGAAUAGCAGUGAUUAUGUCACACUCACCAGUCUCACAAAAGAAAAUUUUGAUGAUCUUCACAAAGCCAUAGCAGGUGAUGUAAGAAACACACAGAAUAGGAGCUCCAGGAUGUCCCUUGGUAUUUUCCUCUUGAAGCUAAGAUCUGGAAUGUCCUACCAGCUCCUCAGCACAAUAUUUGGAAUCUCUAAAUCAUCACUUCGCAGAGCCAUGAAAUCAGUCCGUUCUGCUUUACUAAAAAAUUUUGUACCAAACAACUUAGGCUUGCAACACAUUUCCCGUGAAGAGAUCAUUACAAACCAUACUCGACCCCUAGCUCAAGAACUUUUUGGCAACAUGAAUAAUCAACAAGUCAUUGUAGUUUUGGACGGCACUUACAUCUACAUCCAAAAAAGCAGUAAUUUUCAAUUUCAACGAAGAUCAUACAGCACUCAUAAGGGCAGGCCACUUCUUAAACCAAUGGUUGUUGUAUCCACUGAUGGCUAUUUUCUAUCUGUCGUUGGCCCCUAUUUGGCUGAUUAUAAAAACAAUGAUGCAUCCAUUUUGAACCACAUGCUGAAAACCAACGUUGAAGACAUGAAAAACUGGUUUAAAGAUGAUGAUGUCUUUAUCGUGGACCGGGGAUUUAGGGAUGCCAUUGAAGUGCUGGAGGAGUUUGGUAUAAAGGCACAGAUGCCAUGUCUGCUAGGCAAAGGUGAUAAGCAGAUGUCAGAUCUUGAUGCUAAUGCUUCCCGGCUAGUCACAAAGAUCCGUUGGGUAGUGGAGGCUGCGAAUUCGAGAAUCAAACACUGGAAAUAUCUCGCCCAUACACUUCCUACCAACCAAGUGCCCUAUAUUGGCGAUUACGUGCGAAUUGUUUGUGCAAUAUCUAACAAAUAUUACAAACCACUAUCGUCUGGCAAUCUUGAUGAUGACAUAGCCCUGGCAGCCAAAAUGAGGCAUCUUUACACUCAAAUCAACACUCUCAAGACAUUUGUAGAGGAAAAUUCCUUGGACAGAAGAUCAGUUAACUGGGACACUGCUCCAGAAUCUCUUGAAUUUCCUAGACUUGAUGAGGAAGAAAUCAGAAACUUAACUUGUGGGGUUUAUCAGCUGAAGCUUUGCCCGAGUUAUGUUCAGGAGUACCUAGAUGGUGACGUCAACAUACUGCUACAUAAAGAGUUUCCUGGACUAAUUCGGGUCAAGCUUCAGAGCAGACAUAUCUCCUCCAAGAUGUACCUCCUCUGGAUUCAGUUCACAGAGUCCAACAUUACAGCUUGGUACUGCAGAUGUCGUGCAGGAGCUCGUGUAGUUGGAGUCUGUUCUCACAUAGCUUCAGUAAUAUGGUACCUCGGUUUUGCCAAGUAUAAUGUCGAGUCCAUACCCGGUGUCCAAAACUGGUCAGAUUUUGUGAUGGAUGCUGCAGUCAUUGAUGAAUCCUCUAGCAGUGAAAGUGAAAAAGAGGAAUAA